AUGGACACAUCAGAGAAAGGGCUUCAACGAUCCGUCCCCAAGGGCUUUGCCUACGUCUACGUCCAUUGGUCAAAUAUCACUGGGGCGGAAGGCAGCUUGACCCACGUCAUCGAAGACGAAAAGACCUUCAAGCGAAACUUCGCGCAGGAUGUGUUAGCCGGCAUGAUGGACCUGCCUACCAGUAAAAUGCUCCGCUACAGCGAAGCGAGCAUCCAGUCCGUGGUAGAAUAUCGAUGA